UCCCUCUUCCUCUUCUCUCUGGCUCCAAGUUUUCACAAUGACUUUCUUCAUCGAAGACACUAGUCUCAUCAUCAGCCACGUUCUCUACAAAACGGCGGUUAUCAUCGCCGUUUUACGAUGGAUAUUCGCAUGGAUCCUCCGUUACCGCUCCAGAUCAUCCUCCUCCUCCUCCUCCUCCUCCUCUUCUCCUUCCAUUUCAUCGCAAACAAUCAAAGAAAGCCUCGCUGUAACAGCGUUUCGCGACGCGGUGGAGAGAUCUCCCGCGACGAUAAACGACACGUGCGCAGUGUGUCUAGGAGAUCUUGAAGACGACGACGAAAUCAGAGAGCUUAGGAACUGUAACCACGUUUUUCAUCGUGAUUGUAUUGACCGGUGGCUAGAUUAUGAAUGUCGCGGUGGUGAUGAGGAUAACCACCGUACUUGUCCGCUAUGUCGAACACCGUUGCUUCCGUCGUUCUCUGAUUGCUCCACCGUUAACCAACCUAGCUGGGCCGUUGAACGACUUCUUUACCUCUUCGGCGACGAUCUUCUUCCCUGAUUUUUUUUUACUAUAAAAAAUUUGAUUUCAU